CACUAGGUGGCGCUAGAGCACAACAGGAAGGAAGAGCGUCACACUGGUUAUUUGGCAGGAAAAAGCAGCCUUUUCGGAGUAAACAGCCAAAGCCUGCGAGAAUGGUCUUAAAGGAGGUUCCCGUGGACCCCAUUGCCAGGCCUUUGGGUCGCAAUGAAGUCAUUGGCUUACUUUUUCGCCUGACAAUUUUCGGUGCCGUCACCUACUUCACCAUCAAAUGGAUGGUGGACGCCAUUGACCCCACUAGGAAGCAGAAAGUUGAGGCACAGAAACAGGCAGAGAAGUUGAUGCGACAGAUUGGAGUACAGAAUGUGAAGCUGUCCGAGUAUGAAAUGAGUAUUGCUGCUCACUUGGUGGAUCCCCUCAGUAUGCAGAUCACGUGGAAUGACAUUGCCGGUCUGGAUGAGGUGAUUACGGAGCUGAAGGACACGGUCAUCCUGCCCAUCCAGAAGAGGCACCUGUUUGAGGGCUCUCGCCUCCUGCAGCCCCCUAAAGGUGUGCUCCUGUACGGGCCGCCGGGCUGCGGCAAGACCCUGAUCGCCAAGGCGACGGCCAAGGAGGCGGGCUUCCGCUUCAUCAACCUGCAGCCCUCCACGCUGACGGACAAGUGGUACGGCGAGUCCCAGAAGCUGGCGGCCGCCGUCUUCACCCUGGCCAUCAAGCUGCAGCCCUCCAUCAUCUUCAUCGACGAGAUCGACUCGUUCCUGAGGAGCCGAUCCAGCUCGGACCACGAGGCCACCGCCAUGAUGAAGGCCCAGUUCAUGAGCCUCUGGGACGGACUGGACACCGACUUCAACUGCCAGGUGAUCAUCAUGGGGGCCACCAACAGGCCUCAGGACCUGGACUCAGCCAUCUUGAGGAGGAUGCCCACGCGCUUCCAUAUAAACCUGCCGAAUGUCAGGCAGAGAGAGCAGAUCCUGAAGCUGAUCCUGGAGAAUGAGAAUGUGGAGGCGCUGGUGGACCUGAAUGCGGUGGCCAGCGAGACGGACGGCUUCUCAGGAAGUGACCUCAGAGAGAUGUGUCGCGACGCCGCGCUCCUCUGCGUCCGGGACUGCAUGCGAAGCAGCGCAGCCGUCAACGCCUCCGACAGCAUGGACGAAGACUUCAUGCGUCCCAUUCAGCAGCAGGAUCUGCAGAGGGCCGUCGUCAAGAUGAAGAAGUCCAAAUCGGCCGGGGGCCAGCCCAUGCUAUUGCACGCCGCCCUGGACUAACGACCCUUAACCGUGGGACACAGACAAACACCCACCCACCUACCCACAUUCCCCAUCCCUUCCAUCCCCACGCUAACAACCUUCUACCUUGGGCAGGACAGACAGACACCCUCCCUCCCACCCACCCACCAUCAUCCCCAUCCCCACCCACCACCCUCCUCACCCUAACAACUCUCUACCUGGGACAUCCUCCCUCCCACCACCAUCACCACCCGCCACCAUCGCCCCGCUAACAACCCUCUACCGUGGGGCACGACAAACAGACAGACACCCACCUACCAUCCCCAUCUUCUCCAUCCCCUCCAUCCCCACCCGAACAACCUUCUACCGUGGGGCACGACAAACACACAGAGACCCACCUACCAUCCCCAUCCCUUCCAUCCCCAUGCUAACAGCCCUCUACCUGGGACACGACAGACUCUCACCCUCCCUCCCCCCCACCACCAAUCACCUCUAUCCUGUCGCUGUGGGGAGAACACAAACAAACAACAAAACAAAAUCCCUCCUCCACUCUCACAUUACGGUCUCUCUUUGUAAAUACAUACUCUUGUUUCUUUCAUUUCAUAUCAUUAUUGGGGGUUUGGGUCGUUAGUCACUGGACCUUGCUUUUUUUGUUUGCUUACAUUAGGAGCCUGGAGAAGGUGUUUGGCUCAAUGCCUUUUUUUUAUUUUAUUUCCUCCUCUAUUACAGUUUUUUUUUUUUUUUUUUUAAUUUUGCCAUGCAGCCAUUAAAUAUUGCUCUUUUGAUACUGUACCGUCAAACAAGCAUAUUUUUUAACGCAACAUUUUGGUUAAGAAGGGGGAAACUGUUCAAGGUGGCACUUUGCAGAAAUCUGGAAAUGCUGUGACUGGGUGGAAACCGUUGAAUCAUGCCGGCAGAAAGGUGUGACUGUUUUGAUUGGUCAAUUAUACCAGUGUGUGCGUGUGUGUUUAUGUUCAAACUUUACCGCUUUUACCAUGCAUGCAUUUAAGCAGCCUUUUCCCAAUGAAGUUUUUAAAAGCAGUUAUUUGAAUCCAUAAUGAGUUAAGUUAAUUGCUUAGAUGGCAGAGAUUUUAUUUUGUCUAGCAGCAAGAAGUACAAGUGCUAUGCGUCCUUACAUCAGUGGAAAUCCCUCUUGCAUUUGAGAAGAUAAAACGAUCUUACUUGAA